UCCCUCUUCUUCUUUUUCUUCUCAUUUCCUGAUCAGGGUAACAUAAGGUUUUUCAAAUGGAGAAGGUGAUGGAGGAGCUGAAGGAUGGUGAGAGGAAGCAAAGGGAUCUACGCAAGAGACUCGAGGAAAUGCAUUCACAGGCUUCGUCGGUGCUCGAUUUUUCCCUCGACUGGAAGGAUUUGGAGCUUCAUUACGAGUCCAUUAAGGAAGAACUGGUGAAGCAAGCAGCAGAGAUUGCCUUUCAAGAAAAGGAAAUUGUGGAAGCUAGGGAUAGGGUAGUGGUUGAUCUCAGAGCUGUUGAAGGGUUCUUUAAACAGUGCAAGCAGAAAGAAAGCGAACUGGGUUCCCUUCAGAUGGAGCUUUCCAGGGCUCAAUCCGAGCUUCUGUUUACAAAAGAGCAGCUGGGUGUUGUGGUGAAAGAGAUUCAGGUAAAAGAGAAGAAGUUAGGGGUUGUAGAGCAAAGAGUGGUGGAGUGUGGUAAGGCUCUUGAAGGGAAAGAGAAGGAGUUAGGGUUUGCGAAAAUGAGUUUGGAUCAGCUUCGUGUGGAGGUUGAAGGAACAGAGCAACAAUAUGGAAAAGUAAAGCAGUUGGUCGAGAAAGAAACCAAAGAGCUGGAGUCUAGAAACAAGCAAGUGGAAGAAGUGGAGAGAUUGCUUUCAGAUUGUAGUUCUCAGCUUCAGUUGAAGAAGACGGAAUUGGAAGAUGUAAAGGAAUCAAUCAGAAACUGGAAUGCUGAAUCCAAGUCGAAGGAAAACCAGUUGGCUGAACUGGAAAAGAGGACCACGGACUGUAUAGUGGAGCUUAAGUUGAGACAGAACGAAUUGGAUAUGAGGAAUGAAGACCUCGAAAGAGCCAGGAACUUGGUUAAGAAGCAAAACUACGAGUUUCUCUCAAAGAAAACCUCUCUCGAUUCAAUGGAAGAGUUGAUCAAAAAAUUUGAGGAGGACUUCGCAAGAAAAGAAUUCGAGUACAAGGAGAUGAUCAAGGAGAAAGAGCAAAGAUUAGCAUCGCUUGAAGAAUCAAUCAGGAAAAGCUCACACAGUAAAGAGAAAGUGGAAGACUGCGUUAUGAAGAAGAAUCUUGAGGCAAAACAGGCAGGGUUGAGUUUUGUUCAAGCCGCCAUGGAAGCUAAAAAGAGGGAGCUUCAGCUGAAAGAAAAGCUGGAUUCAAGGCAGAAGCUGCUUCAAGAACGCGAGCAGCAGCUAAAUAGUAGCAUUGGUCAUUCGCAGAGGAAUAAGGCGCCGCCACGAAAUACUAGGUCUGCGCAGGAGAAGGAGCAGCAACACAACUGGCCAUGGCAAGUUGGAAACUUUUCCCGUCAAGAACAAGGGAACAAGCGACCUAGAAACAAGGAUUGAAAAACCGUAGCUGACUUUUCAACCUCCAGUAAAAGUUUUGCUAGUGUUCAUGGUCAACUGGUGAAUGAUGCUAAUCUAUAUUCACUCUGUACGCAAGGCAUCGUUUCAAUGUUAGAUUGUCGCAAGUGGACAAUCCCAAUUUACCAUUAAUAAUAUCCUGAGUAAUACCUUCCCUUAUUUCACC